UACAUCUGUAGCUGCUAAUUGUUUCUCUCCGAUGUCCUUACACUUCUCCCCCAGCUCAUAAUACUCGGAAAAUCAAUCCUGGGUCCAAACGAGAUAAUUGACUCAACAGAACAUUUGCUUGUAGAGAGCCGGUAAGUUGAUAGGCUGGGAAACAUUGCGGUAGAGAAGGCGACAGAUCUCCUCCGCCAGCCAGGCUUCUCUCAGCACUUGAUCACUGUGGUCUGCAGGAGUACCAGGCGAACAGGUUGUAGUGGUAGGUUGUCUGGAGUGUUUGUACCAAUGGCAGAUUAUGCUUGGUGUUGGGACUGGCGGGUGACUGGGAAAAGGGAAAUGUGACGGUUGUGUUUAGAUUUGUGCUCCUUCAAUAAGGGUGCCAGUACCAUGAGUGUCAACUCGUCGUCGUGGAACGCGAACUUGACAGUGGCGUACUUGGAUAUUCUCGGAUUUAUAAACGGAAAAAGCGGGGAUGGUCGUGGAAAUCAGUCAUCAUUUACACUGUCCGACUUCAACAAACCCACCGCCGUCGCCAACUACAUCAUCAUCCUCAUCUUCCUCUUCCCUGUCGUCGUCAUGUCCAUCAUGUGCUUCCUCCGGAUCAGGGUCAACAUGAUCAGCCGGAGGGACAAGGGCUACUGGAGACAGAGGGAAUACCUGUACAGGGUCCACUCUCUAGCCUCUGCGGCCCCGGUAGCUCCUGAGCUCUCCCAACCACUGACCAAUGGCCAUUUGUCCAAGAGCGGAUCGUGCAGUUCUCAGUCGUCUAAAAAAUCCAAAGAAUCGGACAAGGUUAACGACGAUUCUAUCAAAUCUGUUUGAUGCCAAUAUACAACCUCAUGUCGUGUGUAAAUAUUCUCAGCUGACAUCAUCGUUCAUAGCGCCUCACUAAAACAUGAACCUAAGCUGUCUGCCUGUGGAUUUGAAUUUUAAUUUCGCUAUAUUGUUUUAAAGUUAAAUGUAGAAAUAUUUAAAAAAGAAAGAAAAUCAAUUCAAACAGUGAUAAAACCUUUAUAUACUACCUCAAAAAACGUUAAGGACCCGAUAUUUUCAUACGGCUAUAUUUAAUCUGUCAUGACCAUGACUAUUUAUUUUUCAAAUUUAUAAACUAGUUUUGCCUGCUGAAAUAACAGACUAAUAACAUGGUUGGUGAGGUCGAUCAGGUGCCGCAAUUCGCUCCGCAGAGUUGCGUCCCUUAGACGUGCGUGAGUGUGAGUGAGUGAGUUGGGUUUAACGCCGCUUUUAACAGUAUUACAGUUAUAUCGCGGCGUGUCAGC